AUGUUGGCUUCCUCCCCUUCACCCUCGUCGGCCGCGCUACGCUCUGGCUCCGCCCACCUGCACUAUGAAAGUGCUCCACAGUUUAGUAGCCCACGUUCAUCCCGUUUGGCCAUUGAGGAGCUCCGUUCGGCCUUGAAUCGCCAUACCGUCGAUCCCGCCUCCCCUGAUUCCCCCGCUGCCCUUCAACGCCGACGCGCUUCUGCAUCGGUCGAUCUUUCUGCCCCCAGCGCUGCCUUGGUCACUUCAUCCCAAGACCUCUCCGCCACUCCUGUCACUGCCACCCUGCCUACCGCCACACCACCUGGCCCUGUGAACCCGCCACCUGCCCCGUCAGUCUCAAUGCCCGCCCCGGACAGUUCGGGGGGCUCCAACAAGCGCAACAGUCAGAGUGACCAUCACUCGCCGAAUGCGCCUUCCGCGGGCCAAUCUGGCGGCGGCGAUGAUGAUGUGGAGGUGUCACAGACCAAGCGUCUGCGCCCCUCUGCGCCCAGUGUCAAGAUCUUGCCCGCACAAUACGAGCUGGCCGAUCCCCGUGACCUGGUCUUGCUGAUUUCCAGCAUGCUCAUGGAACUUAUUCGUUUCAAUGACAAGAUCCCCCUGCAUCAGGGGCGCCUGACGCGCUUCCACUCCCGAUCACCCCCUCGAAUCUCCGUGCAGGAUUACCUGCAGCGUCUCACCACUCACGCCACCCUCUCACCACCCAUCCUCCUCAGCAUGGUCUACUACAUCGACCGUCUCUGCGCAUUUUAUCCCUCCUUCACCGUCUCCAGCCUCACCAUCCACCGUUUCUUGAUCUCCAGUGCUACAAUCGCCAGUAAAGGCCUAAGUGAUAGUUUUUGGACCAACAAAACUUACGCUCGAGUCGGCGGUAUAAGCAUGAACGAGUUAGCCAUGUUGGAACUCGAGUUUCUAUUCCGAGUCCAGUGGCGCAUUGUGCCACAGCCCGAGGUCCUGGUCGAAUAUUACCAGAGCCUUGUAGAACGAUGUGACGGAUUUGAGAUUGAACGCACCGGUAGCACAACCACCACUACCACCACGACUCCAGCGGCAUGA